UCUCUAAGGUUUCCUAAUAACUAUUUAUUUCCUGGAUAUCUUUCUUAAUCGAGUAAAGAAUUGAUCUUUAUGUAAGUGGAUUAAAAUCACGACCGAACUAGCUUAGAUACGCUCAGUGGGUAUAACGCAAACAUGGGCGAUGGUGUGGUAAAGAAUGGUGCAUAUAAAUAUGAUGAUAAUACAAAAUAUAUCGGAGAUUGGAAUCGUAAGGGAUUGAAACACGGUGCCGGUUUGUUAAUUCUUCCGGACGGGACACGAUAUGAAGGAGCAUUUCAGAAUGGAUUAUGUUCUGGCUUGGGAGUUAUUAUAUUUCCCGAUGGAGCAAAAUACGAAGGCGAGUUUAUGCAAGGAUGGUUUCAUGGCCAUGGUGUAUUUUGGAGAGCCGACGGUAUGAAAUUCGAAGGGGAAUUUCGCGGGGGUCGUGUCUGGGGCUUAGGUUUAGUGACUUAUGCCGAUGGAUCGCAUGGAUUUCCAAGGAAUGAAGGUUUUUUUCAAGAUUGCAGAUUACUAUUUGUAAUAGUUUGCGUUUUGGCCGCGGCCAAUGCCGGCUAUGUUGGAGUGUCUCCCACCCUACAAUAUCAAAUCGCACCAAUAGCGCAUGUUCAACCCCAUGCUAUUACGUCGACAUCCGAUAAUAUAUUACGUAGCCAUGGUAAUUUGGCACAAAUAGCUACGCAAACGAAAACCAUCGAUACGCCUUUCUCUAGUUCGAGCAAGACUGACAUUCGCGUAAGCAAUCCGGCUAUCACGUACGCGCACUUCGCUCAUCCAGCUACUCCAUUGUACACUGAUGCAGCUGCAGCCAUACCGGUGUCGGCGGCUAUACGUGCUCCGGCCGCUCUUGGAGUCGCUUACUCGCCGGCGGUCGAGGUAUCUCACAUGAGCUAUAACAGUCCAAUUGGAGUUGCUUACGCCUACUAAAUAGAAUCGGUUACAUACUCGUCAGCUUUUUUCUUUUCAUAUAAUAUAAUAGAUAAGUAAAUAUAUGUAUAUGGACACAUAUUUAUAUCCAAAUAUUCUUCAACAAUUGUAAUUUGUGUACGCAACGAAAUACACAUGUUUUUUUAAUGACAUUACACAUAGUUGCGCAAUAUAAAAAUCAUUUUAUAAAACUUUCAUACAAGUUCUCCAUUUUUUUCAAUCUGUAAAAAUUAAUUCAUUCCGAAUAAUUUAAUCACGUCAACUUUGAAUUACGAAUAAUACACGAUAGAAAUUACAUAAUACAUACUACCGUAAAAUACAUCGCAAAAAAAAAAUUAUGCAUAUGAAAAAAAAAAAUUAUGUAUAUGAAAAUAUGUAUAUGUAAAAAAAAAAUUAUGUAUAUGAAAAUUUAUUUGUAUAUGAUGGAUGUAUUGGGCAAAACGUUUUCUCUGAGAAAUACAAUAAAGUUCAAAUAUCUUGUA